CUAAGAUAUGGGUAUAUCUCGCUUAUAUAUAAAGCCCUGCGGUGUCGAAGCAAACAUCUUUGACUGACUGAUACGACUCUCAUAAUGUCUGUAGUCACAGUUGCUCUCAUCAGCAGCCUGCUUCUAUCCUUGUUUCCUCAAACUCCAGCAGCUUAUGGGCCGAUGAACUAUGCCUGUUGUGUGAAAUACACUCGAGAGCCUUUGCCCUUCAGUUGGAUCAAAGGCUACAUCGAGCAGAGCUCCCGUGAGGUGUGUCGUAUGGAUGCCAUUAUUUUCUUCACCAAGCACAAGAAGAAGGUGUGUGCGAGCAUUGCUGACGAUUGGGUAAAAGCAAUUCUUCAUCGUCUGAGCUCUAAAAUGAAUAAAAAGACACGUCCUAAACAUCAGCACCUCACCACUGCCAAAAUGGACAGCAGCCCAUAGUUUUCGCGGAUAAAUGUGUUUUUCUUUGAGUGCAGAUUACAUUAUCUGCAUCUGUCAUCAUGUGUUCAUUUCUAUUCUGAGCAAAUAUUAACUGUAUACUGUCUUCUGUGUGAAUCUUUAUUUUUUAUUCUUUAUGUUUUAUGUAUGAUUAUAAAGUCUGAGAUGUUUGAUUUACACAAACAAUGCUGAAAUAAAAGUCACUCCAUGAACGUC